GGUAGCCUACACGUAACUCUUCGCUACGCCACUUGAUAGUAUUCGAAAUCGACGAGAAUGACAAAACAACUAAAAAGAGACUUUAAAUGUCGUUCAACGUGCCGCUAUUGGAUUGGUUUUUCUAUUUUACAACCAAAUGUAAGAUUUCUUCACUAUGGGCUAUACAUAUUCGAAAGCGAGUAGCACGCGAAGACGAGAAAAUGGAAGACAAGAAGAGGGGGGAAGAAGGCCUACUACUACACAAGCUUCACUGAAAGCGCACAGGGUGCCUCCUGUAGAUGGCUCCAAAUGUACGAACGCUAUAAUGCGGAAUGCUUCAGACUAUUGAAAGACAUGGGAGGAGAUUUCAAAUCAGACGGAGUGCCCAGACUUCCAGAUACCCAGAUACUUUCAGCCCUAUACCGCUCUGUGAACAGUGCUACGGCUGAUGACAAAAUCAUAUUCCUGCAUGUGGCCACAAAGCAGAUAGUGAGGCUGUUGAACAAUUCAAAUGUGACCAACACUUGGGAUAAGACGAAACUGGACAACCUGCUCAACGUUCUCAACCAGCAGUCUACCAACCUUGGAGAUUGUGCUGCACAAGUGCCGACAAGAAUGUCUAAAUACAGAAAACAACUGAAGAAACACUUCCGUAGCCUGAAGAAGUUCCUGAUAGAAAUGAAAUACAGCAAACAGUCAUGGGAGCAGAUCAGGAAAGAAGUUGAACGUCAUCUACACCGACUGCUGUACCUAGCCAACACCAUGGUGGAGUACUGAAGAGGCCAUGGCACACAUUGGAUUUAGUAUUUUCAUUUGGUUUGGGGAUAUUUAACUCCCCACAAAAAGACAUGGUGGUGGUCCAUCGUGGUCGACACCCUGUAUGGUUCCGCAUUCCCAACAUUCACAUUCUGCAUUCUGAACAUUCAAUCAAGCCAUCAAUGGACAAGCUUCUUAGACCAUGCAUUGAGAACAAACUAUUUAUUGUAUUUAUUUAUUUUAAUUUUAUAAUGUAUUUAUUGAUAAGCUGUAUUUAUUUUUGUACUUGAGAAAUGCCUGUUUAAUGUAGAUCAUUAAACUCUUUAUGAUGUAAUUCUGUACUUUGUACUUAACCAGAGACUUUCUAAUGACACAGCACUCAAAAAAUCCUCCAUAGAAAUGCAUGGGGUUAGUUU